CUCCCAUUCGUCACAGAGCCGGAGUGCCAGUCUCGUCGUCAAUCAGUUCCGCGGUACACUUCGUUCGGUGCGGUCGGUCGAUUGUGAUGUUGCUCGGUGAUCCAACUCGGUAGACUCGGUUGUGUUCUUUGCCGAACAAGAUACAGGCUGUGCAGCAGUGUUGUGGGGGAUGAUUUUUGAUUGAUUGAGAGUGGGGAAGUGAUACAGAUGCAUUACGACUAGAAUGCCGGAGAUUGAUAACAUCUGCGGAAAGAUGUUGUGUGGUUUGCUGAUUUUGUGAUGAAUUGGGUGUAAUUCGUCUUUAGUGUUCGGUAAAAGUAGCCGAAAUUGUCAAAACGGGGAAGUUUGCCGACUAGGGCAUUAGAAGUUCAGUUCUAUAGCAGAAGAAAGUCUCUAUGCUGUGCAGUGCUAGUGCCGUGUAGCGAAUAGUGAAUUCAGGCGCAAUGUAUUUCAAGUCGUGUAUUAGUAGGAAAAUAGUGAUAGGUUUCAUCUGCCUGCUGAUGCAGAUUAGCCAUGGGAUAACUCAACUAGUCAUCAAUGUACAGAAUCAGGGCGGCGAGGUGGUGCAGGAGACAAUAACGUCCAGCGUGAGUGACGAUACGUGUACGCUUGAGUUCCAGCGAAGUGAUGGCACGCUGAUAACCAAGCUAAUCGACUUCAAAAGUGAAGUGCAAGUGCUGAAAGCCCUGGUCUUGGGCGAGGAAGAACGCGGCCAGAGCCAGUACCAGGUGAUGUGCUUCGUGACUAAAUUCCAGAAAGGAGAUUUCAUCACAGCCGAUGCGAUGGCCAAACUACGACAGAAAAAUCCCAGCACCAUUCGGACGCCCGAAGAGGACAAGGGCAAGGAGAACUACACCAUGACGGGUUGGGUGGUUCUGGACCGGGCGUCGCCCAUCUCCCGCCACAUUGCACCGCUGUGUUCAGAGGCCCCGGAAGCGACGUACGCGCGAGACGUCGACCUCAAGGCGUGGGCCGAACUGCCAGGCUCCUCCAUAUCAAUCCUGGAGUCGGCCGUGAAAGCGUUCCCAUCGGUGACGACCGGAAGUCCCCCGUCCCGUUGCAGUGAAGUGUCCGCCAUUUGGGCCCCGUGCAUUUGCACCCUGGAAAUGUGCAUCGGGUGGUAUCCCUGCGGGCUCAAGUACUGCAAAGGCAAACCGGAGAACAAUCCGCUCCUGAACGGUGGUGGUUCCAGCUACCGCUGUGGCAUCAAAACUUGCCGCAAGUGCCAUCAAUACUCGUACUACGUGCGGGAGAAGCAGCAGUGCCUGUGGGAUGAAUGACCGCUAGAGGGCUUUCGAGGGACAGACGACCACAUUGAAGACUACGACGACGAAUGGGACAACGCUUUCCAUCGACGACGAACAACGACGACAACGUCUGGCAACGACAGCAACAAUACCGAAAAACACAAAUCACUGGCAGCGACAACAGGGACAAAUCCAAGUAGCACUAGUAGAAGUAGCAUUAGUAACGACAGCAUCACUAACAGCUGCUAUAGAGUUAGGGACUGUAACAGCGAAAACGAUAAUAACAGUAGGAAUAGAACCAGAACUAGCAUUAGGCAGACUACGAAGACGAAGGGGAGAAGGUCGGCUUCUAUGGCCGCAACCGAAACAAUCAGUGAAUUUAAUUUUUUACUCCGAGAUUAUACGCCAGGGGUUGCAGGGGUGCUGCCCGAGGAGCACAGAAUGACCACACCGCGGUAGCAGAAGCAGCACCCAGAAGCAGCAGCAAAACCUGAUCCUGUGACACUUCUAUCCGAUGCGAUGUAGAGAUGUGUUUCGAGUUUAAUGAAAUUAUUUUAUAGCACAAAUAGGU